AUGUCAAGCCUAUCGCCGCCGCCCUCUCCUUCUCCGACCCCCACCUCCAAGCCGGCACCAGCUUUGGCCGAGGACACCGACUCGGAUGAAGACACUCCUUUGGCGGAGAGGCGCAUGAGGGCUAGGUCUAUGCCAAACAGAGAGCUGCCUAUCCCGCUUCCAACCGCACGAGCUCCAGAACUCGCCCGCCGGCAGACCUUCCCUGUCGCGUCCGUGUCGCAUGCAAGCUCUCCCUCGGCCGUUGCGAAGCCCAACAACAAUGCCGACGUCAACAACGGCAACAACGACAACGAGACCGUCCUUCUCCGAAGCGUAGACGAUGCGUUUCAGCAUGUUCUGCACGUCAAGGAGCUGCUUUUAUCCACCGAGAUGGUGAAUAAGCCUCUGGCCGGGGCUCAAAAGGCGAUCAUCGAAGACUUCGAGGACUCUUUCUCUUACGACGACCCGUCUGCCGAAGACAAGCAUCUCAAGAAGGUCAAAACGGUCGUCAAAAGGGCAGUCGACCGCCUGCGCGACUUCAUUGACCCCAAAGGAGGGGCCGAUGUCCCCCACGAGUUCUUCAAGGAGCGAGUGGAGAAUGCAAAGUGCGACAUCAAGUCCGCCAUGUUCCCAGGGUGGGAGAAGUGGGUGUGA